CGGUUCGCGGGUUCUGGUAGCAGUUCCUGGAGUUGACUAUAAAAGCAUUGUUCUAGCUGUCAAUUGGUGUCACAGUUAGUUGGUACGUUCUGUUGCUAGGAAGCCAAAAAUCUUAGUUCUAAAUCACAAAUCAAAAUGAAAGUCGCUGCCAUGUUUGUUGUGCUCGCGUUGGCUUUGGCCGCCGAAGCGAAUCCAGUGUGGCAUCACGCGCCCCCCGCUCCAUGGCACACAGGAUGGCAUGCAGGCUGGCCAGCAGCGGUUCCACUAGGAGUUCCAAUCGGAGUUCCGGCUCCGGCUCCAGUGGUGGCCGUUGAUGCAGCAGUUGAUCCCGCGCCCGUUGCAACAUCCGUCACUGCAACGCGAGGAGCGGUUCACGUUGCCCCGCUACCCGGCCAUGCCAUCAACCAGCAACAGUUGAAUCUGGCAUUGGCUCCAGGAACUGCCUAGAACUGUCGAUCUCCCACUUUCCGGUACACUGUUGAAACGAAGAAAAGCUCCCCCUAUCGAUGCAAUUUCUUUCUACACUAUCAGUGCGCAAAUAUCUUCGAAUAAAUCUUUAUUCCUCUACAUACACAA